CCCCGCCCGGCCCGAGGGGAGGAAUCGGCGGGGCCUCUCUGUGCGCGGCCCAGCCACCUCCGAAGUCACUGCCACUGCCCUCUGUCCUCCGGAUCCGAGGCUGCCCCGCGCCCCUCAGGCCGACGCCAUGAAGAUCAAGGAUGCCAAGAAGCCCUCUUUCCCAUGGUUUGGCAUGGAUAUUGGGGGAACUCUAGUCAAGCUCUCAUAUUUUGAACCAAUUGAUAUCACAGCAGAGGAAGAACAAGAAGAAGUUGAGAGCUUAAAAAGUAUUCGAAAGUAUUUGACUUCUAAUGUAGCAUACGGAUCUACUGGCAUUCGGGAUGUACACCUAGAACUAAAGGAUUUAACACUUUUUGGCCGCAGAGGGAACUUGCACUUUAUCAGAUUUCCAACCCAAGACCUGCCUACUUUUAUCCAAAUGGGAAGAAAUAAAAACUUCUCAACAUUACACACGGUGCUAUGUGCUACAGGAGGUGGUGCUUACAAGUUUGAAAAAGAUUUUCGCACAAUUGGAAACCUCCACCUGCACAAACUGGAUGAACUUGAUUGCCUUGUAAAGGGCUUGCUGUAUAUAGAUUCUGUCAGUUUCAAUGGACAAGCAGAGUGCUAUUAUUUUGCUAAUGCCUCAGAACCUGAGCGAUGCCAAAAGAUGCCUUUUAACCUGGAUGACCCCUAUCCACUGCUGGUAGUGAACAUUGGUUCCGGAGUCAGUAUUUUAGCAGUCCAUUCCAAAGACAACUAUAAGCGAGUAACUGGGACAAGUCUUGGAGGGGGUACCUUCCUGGGUUUAUGCAGUUUAUUGACUGGCUGUGAAAGUUUUGAAGAGGCUCUUGAAAUGGCAUCCAAAGGUGACAGCACCCAAGCUGAUAAGUUGGUCCGUGAUAUUUAUGGAGGAGAUUAUGAAAGAUUUGGUCUGCCAGGUUGGGCUGUAGCAUCUAGUUUUGGCAAUAUGAUUUAUAAGGAGAAACGAGAAUCUGUUAGUAAAGAAGAUCUAGCAAGAGCAACUUUAGUUACUAUCACCAAUAACAUUGGUUCUGUGGCAAGAAUGUGUGCUGUUAAUGAGAAAAUAAACAGAGUUGUCUUUGUUGGAAACUUUUUACGUGUCAAUACUCUCUCAAUGAAACUUUUGGCAUAUGCACUGGAUUAUUGGUCAAAAGGUCAACUAAAAGCAUUGUUUCUAGAGCAUGAGGGAUACUUUGGAGCAGUUGGUGCACUUCUUGGACUACCAAAUUUCAGCUGAAGUACCAGGUUUCCUGCUAAUGUGAUUCAAGAGGAACUGGAAACCAGAGGCAUCAUCACUGCAUUAUUUGUCACUGGGAACCAAAGGAUAAAAGAGUAGCGCUAUCACUGUUCAUUUCUAAAUGUCAAAAUGGUUAGCUGCUAAAUGUUGCCACAUUAAAAGAGAACUCCAUAACAUUUAAAGUAUUUCUAGAUGAAAUGCUUUCCCUUCUGUAUACAGCCUCUGAUUAUUGAACUUCCUCUGAGAAAGAUUUUCUGUUUUUUCUUAUGUAGCCAACAUUGCAGUACUGUAUGCUCAAACAGAAUCUUCAAGUCUCGGAUAUGUUUAGCUCAUGAAGAUGAUUCUGAAUAUUUGUUAUAAGUCUGUUCUCUAUGAGUUUGGUUACUAGUGAAUGGAAAAUAAUACCCUGUAUCAAAAUUUAUUGACAUGGCAAUCAAACAUGAUCAUUUUUAUGUGAUUUUAGAAAUGUUAAGACAAUAUCAAUUGUUAUAGUUUUCUAACAUAUCCACCAAAAUAAGCAUGUUUGUGAUCUUCCCCCAGAAGCAUAACCUUAUUAAUGCCAUAAUUUAAUUGAAAUACUGUUGUUAAAUAUAGCCUGAAUCGUAAAAUGAAUCCUCAAAAAUGCACAUAUUGGGUGACAUCGCACAUCCAUAUUUUGAGUUAAUACAUUUUAAAAUAAUUUUUAUAGUUUGGAGUUGUAAUUAUUUUAUUUGAAAGUCCAUUCAGUGAGAUCCUAGAAAUUGUAAUGAAAUAUGGUUUGAGUGUACUGGUAGAGUUCCGAGAUCUUUCUAUAUAACAUUCAUCUUUGGUCCAAACUUAGCAGUUUUUCUUUAAUUAUGUCUAACCCAUCAAGGCUCAAAACUAUUCUAUUAUGAACAGCAGCAAAAAUCACAUUCUAAUCAGCUAUUAUGGAAUCUAAAAAAUUUAUUUUGUGGGGAUUUUUUGUGAUUUUUGAGGCAGUAUUGCUGAAUUAAAAAAAAGUAUCAGUGUUUCAUGCAUUUUAGUUCUAAAAUUUAUAAAUCCUUUGCCCUGGAAUUUGCUCUCCAUUUUGAUGUUAUUUCUUAUAAUGUUAGCAUUUUUUUAAUUUUACUUUGGCAGUAAGAUUUGAAGGUCCAAUAAUUCAGCAGAGUUGUUCCUUCAACACUGUUACUUUUCAGGAAUAGAGUUGGGAAAAAGUAUUUACCCCCUUUAAUUACCAGUAAAUCUGGAUAUAAUUUGAAGAGCUUAAAAAUUGUUUACAUUAUAAGAAAGAAGUAUUUCAAUGUGGUUCUAUAGACCCAGUUUUGCUCCAUAGACAGCAAUAUUCAGUAGACUAUCAAGAGGUGCUUGACAAAGAUUUUUUUUUUCUUGGAGUUUUCACAUUUUGUGCUCAAAUACUUAAAAUUUGGUUUUCUUUAUGAAUAAUGGAAGUUAAUGAUUGGAAAGCAGCAUAUAAAGGUAAUUUUUUGAAUUUAGAAUAUUUGGAAUUUUGAAUCAAAUCAGUAGUCUUUGAAAACUUAAAAUGACAAAACAUUUCUUUAAUGUUUCCAUUGUGAUGACUAGAUAUGUCAGCCAAUAUUCAUCUCUUUGUUUUAUUUUAAAAUUAAUAUUACCAGGCAUCUGUACUAAGUUAUUUUUUUAUGGUAAUUUUAAGUUGUAUACCUGUGGCAAACUGUACUUUGUGAACAGCUACAGUUUUAGGCUGUCUUUAAGAAAGAAAUGGCUGUCUGUGUAGGUUUUUUUGGUGUAUACUUUGGCUAAUGGGGGGCAGGGGAUAUAAUUCCUGUUUUCUAUCUUGGAAACUGGUAUUACCUGCCAAACUGCAUAUAAAGUGAACAGCUGUCUCACCACUGUUGGUCUUGGCUUUUCUUAUAAGCAAGAAUAUAGUAUAAAUAAAACACAGAAUUGUGAUAAAGGCUGCCAAGAUUCUAGUUUUCCUUAUGAUCGAGAAAUGCCCUGUAAGCCCUAACCUCAGUCAACAUAAUGCUUCAAAGCUCUAUGCUUGUGAACAGUGCUGGCUAAUAAUAAAAUGUGAGCCAUGUGUAAUUUUAAUUUUCUAGUAGGUACAUUUCAAAAGUGAAAACAAACAUUUAAAAAGUAAAAAUUCAUUUAUCUUUUUAUUUAACCUAGUAUCUGAUAACAUAUCAAUAUAAAAGAUUAUUUACAAGAUAUUUUACCUUUUAUAUUUAUAACAUAUCUCAAUGUAAUGUAGACUGACCACAUUUCAAGUUCAGAAGUCACAUGUGGCCUGUGGCUACUGUAUUAGACAGUGCAGUUAUAGAACUAGCUCAAAGUAUCCACUAAAAAAUUUAGAAAUGUGGACUUUUUAAAGAAUAUUUAAGGGGCAAUGUAAAAAUAAUGAUCAUAUACAGAAAGUAGAUCAUUUGGGCUAGUGUAUUUUAUAUAGACAAGUUUCAUUUCUUACCAUUCCAAAAACAUCCUAAGUUGCAUCCUGCUGUCUCAUCAUAGGGUGUUUAUCACAUUUCCAAGAUACUGACCAAGUUGCCCACUAUACAUUCUGACUGACCGCAACAGUCUCCAAGAUGUGUAUUUCCUUCAUUGAAGUAAGUUUGAAGAGUCCAAUGAUUUAAAUUUCAUUCCCUACCUUAUCCAAUUGAACUUUGAGAAGUUUUUAUUUUUUUUCUGUUGUUUAGAGAAGCCAGUUUUGAAGACUAAAAAUUCAUCCUUUUAAUCUUCACUGCGUUCUAUACAUAUAGUUAAAACUUUUGGAUUUAAUGUUCAUUCUUAACACGAUAAAAUAUUUACAAGUAAAAGGAACACUAUUUGUUGGGGGGGCUUGGUAAAAAUCAAGCCUGGAACUUCUACCACUCCUCCUGAAACUGCCUUUUAACUAGAUACUUAGAACUAACUAAUCACACUCAGAAACCUUCCCUGAAGAUAGUAUAAGCAGACUUGCUUGCCUGUCAACAUAGGGAUUCCUUGCUCAGCUACUCUAAAUAGGUGGACUCAGUGUUUUUAAGUAAGUCAAUGCCAUUGCCAGUAAUACACAUGGUAAUUGACGGUCCCUUUAAGAGUUUCUGAUUAUUUGCCAAAUACUGGACUCUAUAGAAAUUGCUGAAUUUUUAACCUUUGCAUGUAUAAUAAAUAAGCUGUAUUGUAAAUAGCAGUUCUGGAAAGUCCAUUUCUAUAAGCAAAAAUAUGCAGCUGAAAGGGGAAAAGAUUUCCCCCCUCUAUGUCCAGCAAUUCUCUUGCCUUCUCAGAGCAGUCCACAUUUUGCCUUGAUUUCUAACAUUGCAUUUUUGGUUGGAAAGCUUAGCAAGGCAAUAGUUUCCGAAUGUUCUUUAUAACCACUUUUGUUAUGUGCAAAAGUUUUCAUAAUUUGUUUAGUGUAUUUUUCUUUUGAGCACUUUAUGCUUUUCAGUCUUGAGCAUUUGAGAAUGUAGUUUAGAAAUUCUCUUUUAAAGCCAUUUAAAAACAAGGAUAAUCAGAAAAAUGUGCAUUAUUUUGUAUUUAACUUACUGUUUUGUGGUAUGUGUAAACAGAAUAGAAACUAUGUUGCAUUUUUGUAAUACUAUCACCUUAUUUAAGAUGAUUUGCCAUGAAAUAUCAAUGUCCUGUUUUCCAAGUUUUAUUUUAGCGUUUCAUUUUAAUACUGAAGGAAUUAAAUCAGCUUUGUUUCUAUUAUAAAAUAAUCUUAGAAAAUAUGCUUUUUAUUACUGUUUUCAAUAUCUGAGAUAGUAGUUGUCUUACAUUUUCUACUGUACUUAGUAAUAAUCAGCAAAGUCCCCAAAAACUGCAUUUUUUUCUUCAAGUAUUUUGAUAUAAAUAGCUCAUUAAAAAAUAAUGGUGGUAUUAUAAAAAAGUAAUUCAUCCUCUUUUUCAGCCAUAUCUAAAUUUUAAAUGAUUUUUCCUUUCAAAAAGUUCAAAUGUUUUCAUAACACAGUCUCUAUUAUUUCUAUCAUCCAUUUCAGAGGAUGAGAGUCAGGGGGUGUCAUAAUUCGGUAUAUUAGAACUAGCAGUGGCCACUGGAACACUUUGAAUUUUUUUUCUUCAUUUGUAAAAUGAGAGGAUUGAUUAGUUAUAAUGGAAAAUGAUCCAGUUACCAUGUCCUUGAAAAAGAGGUGCUGCAUUCAUGGCAGUAUUUAAAUGAUGAUGACAAUUUGAUGUCAUGUUCUGGAGUUAAUUUUAUUUGUGAUGUUGAUCGGUACUAGGUUUUGGAUCCUCAGCAAACCAGCAGAUAAGUGUUCAUGAUGUUGGGGUAUUCAUAACAUUAUGUUAUUGCUCAGAAUGGCCAAGUAAAUGUACCUUAAAUACGAUUUUUUAAUGUAUAUUCAAGUGUGUGUGUACUUAAAUAAGUAAUCUAGAAAUCUUAUUGUGUUAACUUCAAAAUUAUAUAGACAUUAUAACUUCCAUUAUACAGAGAAAAAUAUUCCACUAAAUUCAUAGUUGUUUGAAUAUUAGGUUUUGAUUUUUCCUGGACCCUUUUUUCAACUUUUUCUUAUUUCUGAUCACUGUAAUUGAGGAUAGAUAUGGAAUUUAAUGCCCUUCUGAAAUUAAUGCUUUGUUGAACACAAUUUGUAGCAAAAUUUAUAAAACACAAUCUGAUUACCUGCAAGCAAGUUGAAAUAUCAUGGAUUACAGUCAUCCACAUCAAAUGUGUUGAAUAUAUAAAAUACUUUUAUCCUUUGUCUUCUCAGAGAAUGAUCAAAUUGGACAUGUGUCUGACAUCCUCAGCUUUCUAUUUGAAACACAUGUAGCCAUGAUUUGAUGCUGGGACUUAAGGUAUUAUAGUUAGUAAAUGAUGUGUUUGAGAGAAAACUGAUUUUUUUCCUACUUCAAAAAAAUUUUACAUUCUGGCUCCUCUGAAGGAUAAGAGAUUUAGUUUUUCUGGUGCAACUGACACAAAUUUUAUGUAAAAGAAUGGGGAAGUAUUUUCCAAAAGAAUGAAGUUACAAUUCAUGAUUUUUUUUUACUUAUAUGUGCAAUUAAAAUUAAUUCUAAGACAUUGCUGAUUUCUUGUUGGCUAUUUCUCAAAAAUCUUUACUACUUUGCCGUGCUUUCUAUUCCACUAGCUUUCAAAAAAAAUUCAGCUUUUACAUAAUCUGCAAAGUAUAUACAAAUGCUGCAAACCUUGUGAGACUGAUUCAGUUUUCCAUCUUUCUGAAUCAUACAGAUAUUGUACGUGGCGCAGUCAGUAGGUAUCAGAUAUUAAACCAUUUCAAAGUCUGCCACUGUCUUCUUAGGGGGCGCUUUUUCGUUUAUAGCAUUGAGAAACAAAGGAAAACUUAAUAGACCUGAAAUCACUAGCCUGUCCCAAAUACAAUGAAAGGAAGUAAGUCAGGUAUAAAGUGGUCUUGUCUUUUAUAUAAACUGCUUUUGCUUUUUAUUUGAACUACAGUGAAAUUUUGACUUCUUAACUGGAAUUGAAUGAAAGGCAUUUGGCCUCAUUCUGCCAGUUAUUGACCAAAUCAUACCCAGGUGUUUGUUAGGUAUUCAUUUUACUUAAACAAGCCAUUUUGGUUUAAGUUGCCUUAUUUUGUCUACUGUGUUCUUGUCAGGUCUAAGCUUUGUCAUGUUGGAAUUCUAACACUGAAUCUUUGCUGUAAAAAUGUAUAAUGUGCUACAAAUUUUAUUCAUAAUAAACUAAGUUAUAACCUAUUGUAACCUAUAAAACAUUUCUUGUAAAUUGUCUAAUUUAUUUUUUUCAUUUAUGUACAGUAUCUUAUGUAAAUUUUUAAAGUAUUUGUUUUGGCCUAUUCUGUAACAUUACCAUAUUCCUCUAAGUGUUUAUUUGCAUGAAAGAGAAACUUGGGUUUUGCUUGUUUGUAUUGUACGACCACUAAGCCAAUUUCCAGUACUCAGCCUUUUCUGUAGUUUAACUUUUUCUAGUUUUGUCCCUAUUCUAAAUGUUAAUCAUGCUUUUUAUUUCCUACUUUCAAAAUAAAUUCUUUUGACUUGUUUACUCUGUUAUC